AUGGCCGCCUUGGUUGAUCUACCGAAGAAAUACAAGGCCGCCGUCUAUGACAAGCCAGGCUUUAUCUCGACCAAGAUCGAGGAGCUAGAUAUGCCCGAACCUGGGCCAGGAGAGGUUUUGAUCAAUCUCUCGCAUUCGGGUGUUUGCCACUCCGAUAUGGGUAUCAUGACUCAGUCGUGGAAGCACAUGCCUUUUCCUACUCAAGCUGGCCAAGUCGGUGGGCACGAAGGCGUAGGAAAGAUCGUGAAGAUGGGCCCUGCGACGGACAAUUCGACGGUCGGUGUAGGCGAUAGGGUGGGGAUCAAGUGGAUGGCAGGGAUUUGCGAGACUUGCGAUGCGUGCAGGGUGGGGUUGGAUGCCAGUUGUGUGAAGGGUAAAGUGUCAGGAUACUACACACCCGGUACAUUUCAGCAAUAUGUUCUCGCGCCAGCGAACUACUUGACUCCCAUCCCCGAAGGCUUAGACUCGGCAGCAGCAGCUCCCAUGCUCUGCGCAGGAGUAACAGUCUACUCUGCGCUCCGAAAGAGUAAUACCCAAUCCGGCAACUUCGUUGUCAUCCUUGGUGCAGGUGGCGGUUUGGGACAUCUGGGCACGCAGUUCGCCUCGCGUGGAAUGGCUCUCCGAGUAAUCGGUAUCGACCACUCCUCCAAGAAAGAUCUCGUACUUGAAUCUGGUGCUGAGCACUUCAUCCCCAUUGACGGCACAGACGACGUCGCUGGCGCAGUCAAGGAGCUGACUGGUGGGCUCGGUGCCCACGCCGUGAUUGUACUGACAUCCAACAACAAAGCGUACGCGAGCUCCAUAAAUUUGCUCCGCCAUGGCGGAACGGUCGUGUGCAUUGGUGUGCCUGAGGGCGAUCCCAUCCCGAUUCAGGCAACGCCGGCACAGCUAAUUAUGAGUGCGAUUACUAUUGUUGGUGUGGCGGUCGGAACGAGGAAGGAUGCUAUCGACACACUAGACUUUGCGGCGAGAGGCGUGGUGAAGACCCAUUACAGGGUGGAGAAGCUGGACAAGUUAACGGAUGUGUUUCGUGAGAUGGAUGAGCAGAAGAUGCAGGGGAGAGUUGUUAUAGAUCUUUCCUAG